AUGCCUCUGGAGCGACAGGAGCAGCAGGUAGAGGACGAAGCAGCGGGGGACGACCUCGUGCAGCCCUCCCUACCUCUCGAAUGUGUUGUGCGGAAGAUUGCGUCGCUGAUGGUCAUGUCGAAUGGCCUGAUGGCUACGCCGCACGAAGAGGUGGCUGGCGCGCAGCAAGGACAGGCGGAAACGAACGAUGAAUGGUCUCCAUCGUUCAUUUCUAAACGCAUCAUCGGGUCCCACUGGUCACUGAACGCCUUGGAUAUUUCGUUUGGUGACCAAACUGCACGAUGA